UCAAAUUAUUCCAUUCUAAUUCUUUAUUUCACAGCCAAAGUAGAGAUAGAGACACAGAAAAGAAAGUAAAAAAAAAAUUGGGUUUGAUUGUUUUGUUGUUAUAUUAUAGUUUAUAACUGAGUUCCAGGGUUUCCUGUAGACAUAGCACUUCAGAAUUUCAUUUCUUGAUUACCAGUUUAUGUUACUGGGUUUGAGUUAGGAGAAAAUGAAAGGUGAAAGAAUGGCAAAGAGAUCAACUUUUGGUAGCAUAGUGAGGAAGAGGCUCUCUGACAUUACAAAUUCACAGUCACAUUCACAACCCAAAGCAUUGACCCAUGAAGAUAAGCCUUCUCAGGUUUCUCCAGCAACGGAGGAUCUCAUUAGCAAACUAAUCAAGGAAAAGAUGACAUUGAUGAAACUUAUUGAUGAGAGAAAUAAAAUCAUUGAAUUGAGUGGAAAUGAGUUGCAGAAUCUGAAAAUCAACCUUCAGAAAUUGCAGCUGCAGAACUGGAAUCUUGCCCAAUCGAACAGCCAAAUGCAAGCGGAGCUAAAUUUAGGGAGAGAGAAGACGAAAGCACUACAGCAUGAACUCCUAUGCAAAGAGGCUUUACUUAAAGCAAAAAAUAUGGAAAAAGAGGUGAAAACUGAUUUGAACUGUGCCAACACUGGCUUCCAGGAAGGAGAGGACGUAGCAGGAGAAUGUUUGCCUAAAGCUAAUGAUGAUGACAAACCUUGUAGCCGCAACAGAAGGCGUGCUGCAAGAAGUAAAUCUAUGGGCCCCUCUACUACGCAUAGAAUAGUUGGAGAUAAAGAGAAGAUUGAAAACAAAAGGCGUUGUUUGAGGAGACAAUCUGCUAGGUUCAAGUCCCUCGAGCGAGGACCUACAGAAAACUUGUUUGAGAUUGAAGACACUAAGCUUCCUGCAACUCAGCCACUUGAUGAUCCAAUGCAGGAAGAUGGUUUCACCCAAGUUGGUUCAUCUACUGCUACAACUGAAGAAACUUGUGGCUUAAGAAAUAAGGUGCAAGUUCCACAGAGAUCUUCAAUUGGAAGACCAUUACGCAGAGCAGCAGAGAAGGUUCAAUCCUACAAAGAAGUUCCACUUAAUGUUAAAAUGCGGAGAUCUGGGUAAAAGUAAUUGCAUGUUUCAUACAUCUUGUAACCUAUGAUAUUGUUGUAUUAAAAUGUUGUGAUUAUUUGGUUUUUUUAUUAGAUUGCAUGAUUGGUUUGUAGUAGUGCAAAAGGGCUUGUGAAGUGUGAAUCUGUGAUGAUGAUAGAUUGAUUAAUUUAGCUCAUCCAGUGUUUUCUUCAUA